AUGGCCGAAAGCACUUUUCCUCCCGGGGGAAAUCAACCCCUUCGCGUGGGCACCAAAGACGACAACAAGCCCGCCAGCACUUUCCACAAGAUCGCGGAGGACGAGGAGUACGAGGUGACGUCACCAACCGAUCCGACUUUUCGCACCGCCAACGCCCCCGCCGCCGCCUCGUCCUCGACUGGCAACAGCUUGUUCGCAGGUGGUGGUUUUGGUGAAAAUGGAGGUGCCAUCCGUUUCAAUACCCGAAGCCCAUUUGACGAUGGUUCGCGCGAGGAAGAUGAGGCUGCCGACGACUUCCCGCCAGGCGACAUCCGCCCAACCGGGGUCCCCAACCCUGGCCUCCCCAGCAACUAUGCCUUGGGACGGAGGACAUCGGUGUCCGCAGAGUCGUUGAAUCCCACCUCGGCUGGCUCGGACAGCUGGGCGCCGCCGCAUCACCCCAAGUCUGAUGAGCAAAUUGCGCGCUUGAAGACCGCCGUUAGCAACAACUUCCUUUUCGCCCAUCUGGACGACGAUCAGUUCAAGACCGUGCUUGAUGCGCUGGUGGAGAAGCCCAUUCCCGCCAAAGACAUCAAAGUGAUUUCGCAGGGUGAUGCGGGAGACUACUUCUACAUCGUCGAAGACGGCCAUUUUGACGUCCUCAUCCACCCUUCGGGCUCGGUGCAACCGGGUCCGGACGGCAUGGGAAACAAAGUCAGCACCAUCGGCCCUGGUGGCUCAUUCGGAGAGCUGGCUCUCAUGUAUAAUGCUCCUCGUGCUGCGACCGUGGUGUCGGUGGACCCGAAGAGCACCCUCUGGGCUCUGGACCGCAUCACUUUCCGCCGCAUUCUGAUGGAUUCGGCCUUCCAGCGUCGUCGUAUGUACGAGGCUUUCCUGGAGGAAGUGCCCCUGCUGUCUAGCCUUAAGCCCUACGAGCGGUCGAAGAUUGCCGAUGCGCUGGACGCCAGCAAAUACCCGGCCGGGUCCACCAUCAUCAACGAGGGCGAUCCCGGUGAUGCCUUCUACCUGCUUGAAGCCGGUGAGGCGGAUGCCUUCAAGAAGGACUUGGACGGACCUGUCAAGUCCUAUAAGCGCGGAGAUUACUUCGGUGAAUUGGCGCUUCUGGACGACAAGCCCCGUGCUGCCAGCAUUGUUGCUCGCUCGGAAGUCAAGGUUGCUCGGCUGGGCCGUGACGGGUUCAAGCGGUUACUGGGGCCUGUGGAGGAUAUCAUGAGACGGGCCGAGUAUGAGUCGAAGCCAAACCAAUCAUGA